UACUCUGUUGCUAGUUCACAGUUGUGAAGCCCACUAACAACAGCAUUGUGAAUGUACCUUCGUCUUACCUAUUAAAUUCAGCUUAGUGUUUUUGAAUGGACAGAAUUAUAUAGGAGGAAGACGGAUGUAGGCAAGAGAUUGGUGAGGUGACCACUCAGUGGAUGUGUGGAAAAGAAAAAUUGCAGAAUGAACCAAUUUUAGGUGCUGCUUGUAAUGAAACAAUGAUAAUUACCUCAAGGAGCCUUUUAGAGAAUGUUGAGAAGGACACAGUAGGGAUCAUUUGGAAUAUUUAAGAGAAAUUCAACCUGAGAUUGGUGAUCAAUCAGAACAUUAGCAAGAAGAGUGACUUGGACCGUAUCAUCAAUUGAGCAUAUUUAGCAGUUUAUUAAGAUCAUUGAUUAACUCUUUCAUCAACAUCACCACGCUGCCUUAGCCUCAUAUUCCUUGAUAUCGUUAAUGACCAUAAAUAUAUUUGUUUAAUUUUUGAACGUUCUCACCAACUGAGCACCCGCAGUCCUCCAGUGGAGAAUUGUAAAUAUUCACCACCCUCUGGGUGAGGAAAUUUCUCUUCCUAAUCCUAAAAAGCUGAUCUCUUACCCUGAGAUGAUAAUUGCCAGUGCUGGAUUCUCCAUCUGUGGGAAGAGACCAGAGAGGGGAAGAAGUCUUUGCAGUCAAGAACAGAAACAGAGGUGUAAGUAGUGGACUUGGGUCUUGAAGCGUCAAAACUAUUAACGGCCACAAAGGGAAAUACAUAGUAGAGAUUAGGUGGAACAUAAACAAAGUUGGCUGAGAAGACGAUGUAAAAUACUCCAAAGUUAUGAUCUGAAAAUUUGGAAUCAGGUAUCAAAAAUACCUGCAUGGAGUCAGCUAGCUGGGAGAUAAUGGUGUAGUGGUAAUGUCACAAAGGCCCCAGGCUAAUGCUGUAAGUCCAAAUCCCAUCAUGGCAACUGGGUGGAAUUUAAAUGCAAUUACUCUGGAAUUGUAAGGUAGUCUCAGUAAUGGUGGCUACGAAACUAAAAUCAAUUGUCAUAAAGGCCCAUCUGAUACACCAAUGCCCUUCUUGAAAGAACCUUUGUCAACUGUACCUAGUCUGUCCUGCACCACACUCCAGAUUCACAGCAAUGUAGUGGUCUGUAAAAUCACCCAAUUCAAGGGCAACUGUCACUGGCCUUACCAGUGAUGCCAACACCCCAAGAAAGAAUAAAUAAGAAGCUCUGCCCUUUUAACUUCAGAUUUACUUAUGGAGCAAGGCUAUAUCUAGGAAAUAUGUAGGACAAAUUAUCAAUGGUAGCAUUGGAGAAAGUUACUCCUGUAGAAAUAGAGAGCAAGGGAAAAAUAGGCAAUUGAUCUUGUGUCAGGAAAGACUAAUCUUGGAGUUCAGUGGAACUGUAUAGCGGGCUCAAGUGUUGCUGAGGUGGGACCCAUUGCACCAGCAAAAGGGUGAAGUGUAGUGUAAGUGAAACUCAUUAACCAACAGCUCCAAAAGCCAAUGAGAGUCCAUGGGACCACAGUAAAGUGGCCUAAGGAUUGUCUGUAAGGUGGUUAGGAACAAACAUGAUUGGAAGGAGCAUAAUGUGGUUCAAAGAAAGCUUCAAAGGCAAUUGAGGAAUUUUAAAGGAUGAGUGGGGAUUGAGUGGUCACAGUCAGCAGUCACAGAAAGUAAAUUGCAAUUAAACUGUGUGUGUUUAGUCCCUUGGGAGUGGUAUUCACAGCAGUAUGAAACUAGCAGGAACAAAUCACAACUAGUCCAGAGAAGAGUGAAAUAUCUCCGAAGCAGGAACUGAAUAUGGAAGAGGCAUAUAAACAGCUAGUAGAAAAUAGGUAGUCCAACAGAAAAAUCAGUCUCAGUCAAUAAAAAAUUUGCAGUCAUUAAUUAUUUAUCAAGUUCUUGAAUCAUCCUAUGUUCUGCUAAUCCAAUGCCUCAUCUACCAAUAUUUGACUUCUCUUCCUCUUCCAUACUGAAAUCAGAAUUGGAAUUCAUCUCAAUUUUGUUGUAUUUGGAGAGUGCCUAAACACUCAACAGCCAUGUAUUUACAUGUUAGGUGUUUUUCUAAUUCCAGGUUGAUUUUAUGGCCAGGCUUUUCUACUUCAGUCUUGAGAUAUGAGACCCAGAUCCUGUUGUCUGUUGACAUAAGCCACAAAGUUCUGCGUAAUGAAACUGUAUUAGACUUCAUGAUUGAGCUGUACAACAGAGUUGGUGACCAGCAUUUCAGUGAUACCUGCAUGAAAGAAUUAGUGGGAUUUGUUGUCCUUACAAGAUACAAUAACAAAACAUAUCGCAUCGAUGACAUUGACUGGUCUGUGAAACCUACCAACAAAUUCAAAAAAGCAGAUGGAACUGAAAUCACCUAUGUUGAUUAUUAUUCACAGCAAUAUAAUGCCUCCAUCACUGAUCUGAAACAGCCAAUGCUAGUCAGCCAGUUAAAAAGUAAAAAUCGUUUCAAGGAUAUGGCCCCACGUCUGGCUCACCUCGUUCCAGAGUUCUGCUUCCUCACAGGCCUAAGCAGCCAGGCUCGCUCUGAUUUUCAAAUCAUGAAGGAUUUGGCUGCAGAAACACAGCUGUCUCCUCAAAAAAGACAGAAGAGGUUGCAUGAACUAAUAGAUAAUAUUCAAAGAAAUAAAGUAACACGGACUGAGUUGGAAGGUUGGGGCUUACGCCUUGAUGAGCAGAUCUCAUUGGUAGGCCGUGUCCUUCCUCCUGAGAAAAUUCAAAUGUUUGAUCAUUCAUGUCAGCCAGUGUCACCAGUAGACUGGUCUAGAGAUACUCGAAAAUCAAGGAUUAUUGGCAGUCAGCCACUCCAAGACUGGCUGAUGGUUUUUAGUCACAGAAAUUAUGAAGUUGCUGGUCAGCUUUUGGCAUGUCUUAAGAAAGUGGGACCACCAAUGGGCUUUUUGGUUGACAAUCCAAAAAUGAAGGAUAAGGAGGCUUUGGAGAGGAUGCAGAUAGUGAAGCCAGGUGCUGUAAACAAAUGGCUUGAAGUGAAUCAUGAACUGCCUAGCCGUAUUGUUAUUUAUCGUGAUGGUGUAGGGGAUGGGCAACUAAUGACAUUAGUUGAUUAUGAAGUGCCCCAAAUAUUGGACAGCUUCAAGAUGGUUCACUCAACCUACAGCCCCAAAGUAACAAUCAUUGUAGUUCGGAAGAAAGGUACCUGCAGGUUUUUUGCUAAUGUGAAUGGACUGCUUCAAAAUCCACCAGUUGGCACUGUGAUCGAUAGCGAGGCUACCCAUCCUGAAUGGUAUGACUUCUUCCAAAUCAGCCAAUGUGCACACCAAGGCACUGUUUCUCCAACAUACUACCAUGUUGUAUAUGACAAUAGUAGCAUGAAACCAGACCAUGUACAGAGAUUAACUUACAAGAUGUGUCACCUCUAUUACAACUGGCCAGGUGUAAUUCGCGUGCCAGCUCCAUGCCAAUAUGCCUUCAAACUUACAACUCUAGUGGCUCAGAAUGUUCAUAGAGAACCUGACUUAGAAUUGGCUGAUCGCCUUUUCUUCCUGUGAAAGUAAAUAAUCUAGGAUACUUAGUCGAAUUCCUCAAUACAUUAUUUUCUGAAAAACCAAAAUAUGAUGAAUGUUUGUUAGUUUUAAAAUCCAGUAAAGCUAUUAUUUUCUGUAAGUUUAAAUUUGUUUUUAAGGGGUCUGUUCUGUAAAUGUAGAUGUCCUUUGCUUUUAAAUGAAACUUAUUUCAUUUUAAAUUGUUAUCUGACCGUGUAUUUGAAUAAGGACAUACAAAUAUGCUGCAGAACCUCAAAUAUUACUUAAAAAGAUAGUAAAAUAUAAGCAAAGAUAUGCGCAAUAGAAAAUAUGAGCAAUGUUUAUAAUGGUUUACAGCAUUUACAAACAAACUUUGCAUUUCAUUCAAGUCAGACAUAUUCUGUGUUUGUACAAUUUCUUAAAGAGAAAAACAAUUUUGCAUAAGUAGGAAUAUACUCAUUUUUGAAUAAUAGAGUUCAUCUAAAAUUAUCAUCGCGUGUUUCAUCUUCCUGAUUCUAUUUUAAUCAGCAAACUACUUGUUUAUUUUGUUAAAGAUAUAGGAUUCUUAGCCAAUAGGCAAACAUACUUAAUAGAGAAAUAAAGAAUGAUAUUCAUUUUUUUUAUUUGUUUUAUAAG